CUCCCUUCUGCAGAGCAACAAAUUCCAGGGAGUGGUGUCUUAUCUCCUGUUCCGAGACAAAGAAAGGAAGCAAGAAGACGAUCGUCACUGACCAACCAGGCAAGAUCGGUGGAAGUGAAAGCAAGAAAAGGAAAGAUGAACGAUUUGAUGACCAAAUCUUUCCUUAGCUAUGUAGAUCUGAAGAAGGAGGCCAUGAAAGACCUCGAAGCGGGCCCUGAUCUGGAGAUGGCCGUCCAGGACGAGAACCUCCUCCGCUUCUUUGAAGAGGUUGGCGUCAUAAAGGAAGAGAUGGAAGCGAUCGAUGGCCUUCUCGGCCGCUUACAAGAUGCUAACGACGAAACCAAGCUUGCCCACAAACCAGAAUCCCUCAAAUCCUUGCGGAGCCGAAUCAAUUCUGAUAUUACGGCGGUGCUGAAGAAGGCGAGGACCAUCCGGUCGAAGCUUGAAGAUCUCGACCGUGAGAACCUGGCCAACAGGAGGCUCUCUGGCUACAAGGAGGGGACGCCGGUCGACCGAACCCGGAUAUCGGUCACCAAUGGGCUGAGGAAGAAGCUAAAAGAAUUGAUGAUGGACUUUCAGGAACUUAGGCAGAAGAUCAUGGCCGAGUACCGGGAGACUGUGGUUCGGAGGUACUUCACGGCGACAGGGGAGCAGGCGGACGAGGACGUGAUCGAGAAGAUAAUCUCAACGGGAGAGAGCGAGACGUUCCUGCAGAAGGCAAUUGAGGAACAGGGGAGGGGGAAGGUGCUAGCCACGGUGUAUGAGAUACAGGACCGGCACGACGCGGCCAAGGAGAUAGAGAAGAACCUGCUGGAGCUGCACCAGGUGUUCCUUGAUACGGCUGUAAUGGUCGAAGCUCAAGGGGAGCAGAUGGAUGACAUUGAGCAUCAUGUUAUGAACGCGUCGAACUACGUCAAGGACGGGACCAAGAAUCUGAAGGCGGCGAAGGAGUACCAGAGGAGCAGCAGGAAGUGGAUGUGCAUUGGGAUCAUCCUGCUACUCAUCUUGAUCUUGGUCAUCGUCAUUCCAAUCGUGAGCAGUCUGAAAAGCUCAUGAAGUGCAAAGAUUUAGAAGAGCCAUCUGCUUUUUUUUCUAGUAUUUCUGUUUUUGCCAUGUGAUGUUCUGUUUGGGGGGGUGAUUUCUGGGGUUGGAGUUCACCUCAAGCUCCCAGAGUUUAUAUGUGUUCUCUGUUUAUUUUGUUCAGUUGAAUGAAUUCGAAUUCAGCUUUUACUAUUGCCA